AUGGAACUUGAAAACCAAGUUAUUCAUAAAGGAAUAAAUGAAGAAACAUUUCAAUGUUAUAAAAAAUUAGGAUGGACGUCAGGUUACCAAAUAGAGAAGGAGUUUAAACGUUUGAAGAUGGAUAACGAAUCAUGUAGAUUUCCUGUUGUUUGUUGGAAAAAAGGUCAUCAUGUUUUGAUGCGUAGUGCUCAACCAAUGGUAGGGUUUUUUUCUUCACGUGGUUUGGAAGAUGAAAUUUUAAUUCAAGAAGUUUUAGGUGCAGUCAGUGAGGAGGAACAAGAAAUGGCUAAAGCAAAACAAAAGUAUUUAGGUUUUGAAAUAGGAAGUAUUUCAGAUGGCAAACUUACUAGAAAUUCUAUAAAUUUUGAUGAAAAAUGUCAAAUGAAAAUGUGCAUUUUGGAUGCAAGAAAUUUCACUUCUGCUUUUUCAAAUAUUUAUAAAGGUGGUGGCUAUGAAUCACUAGUAUGA